AUGGCUAUGAGGUGUUGGCUUGUUACAAACCCCGACUAUGAACCGGACUUCUCUAACCUCCUGGAAGAGGCAAGGCGCGACGGCCCAGAGGAGAUUGAUGCCAAACUAUGGGACGAAGCAAAAGACUACGAAUAUGUUGAUCGAUUCUGGCGCUUCCCCGUUGAGCUGCGUCAUAAGAUCUUGCAUCUCCUCCCAUCUGAGUCGCUCUUUGAUGUACUGCGGGCGAGCCCGGCCUUUUGUAUGGCUAGCACCGCUUUGCCCAACAAGUACUGGUACUCCGUGAUUGAAGACAGGAUGCCCUGGAUGGAACACACUACGCUCAUUAAGAUACUGACCGAGACCGAAGACCCCAUUGACUAUAAGAGUCUCGCAGCCCGGUUAAUCGAGGUUACUACCACUUCUGAUGACAGGAACGGACCGUGGGAUGAGUACCUAGGCUUGCAGAACCGCCGUAGAAUUAUGAUGUGCAUUGAUCGGAUACUUGAUGACAUUGAAGACUCUGUUGCAAGCCAGGACAAUUACGAAGGGGUCUCAACACAGAUACUAGGCCUCUCCAGCUUUCGAGCGGUGACGUUCUUGUGUGAUGCAUCAAUUGCUAAGAAAAAUACGGACAUCUAUAUCAGACCCGUGAUUGAUAAUCCGCCCAGUGUUACGAAUGUCAAAGUGUAUUUUGGGGCGCAUGGCGGCAUGGUUGGUAUCGAAUUUCUACUGGAAGGCGAUAAGUCUGGUCGUCUCGUGGGCCAUCAAACCAACUGGCUGCAGAUUGUGUCGUUUCGAAAGGACGUGGUCAUAAACGGCUUCGUUAUAUCGCUCGGUCCGAUGCGUGAGUUUCACACAAACCAUAUGAUACACGGCCUUGCGAUAUUGACAGACGGCAACUAUCACCAUCCCUAUGCCAGGUUCGGUCAUUGGACCAAUAAUGACAUAGUUCACAUUCUAUGCGCAAGGACUACCGAAACGUUGGUCGGUUUGAGUGCGCAAUACACCGAAGACUAUAUAUCCCAGUUCGGUAUAAUCGUCGCAGAUCUAGCUACAGGCUCUUCGGGAUUCGUGUGGGAUAUGGAAGGAGACCUACUAGCGACCACUCGCUGGACUGGCAAUUGGCCAUCGCCCGACAACGAGCCUGCGAGACUCAUGCCGAGCUUGAAGCAACUCAACAUCAGGAGGACCCAGACUGCUGUACAGUUCCUCGAUUUUCGUUCCCGUGUAAUUGACUGCAUCACGGCAUUCUUCCCUUUCGGCAAGGGCAAAGCAAUCGGCGGCUUGCUCUUCAAGUUUAGUGAUGGAACUCGACAGCUAGUCGGCAAAGCCAAGAACGAUAGAUCUAUCUCGCGAUUUGCAUGUAACGUGAUUACUUUUAACCCGGGUAAUGAGCAAAGAAUCGCUGGCGUGGCUAUCUAUUGCACUGAUAAACGUCUGGGAUCGCCGGAGCCCUGUGGAGUAAACAGCAUCGUGGUUUCAGUCUCCGGGCGGCUACGAGCUCAAGGGCCCGUACGAAUACUACGACAAGGAGCGUAUCACGGUCGGAAUGCAAGAUGGAAUUACGGGGCAAAGAAAAUACAAUAG